AUGAUUUCACAAAUACUCAUUUUUUUGUUUAUUUAAGCUCUAUCUUAAGUUGUUGCAAAUACUGAUUAAACUUAAUAGACAACAACUGCUAAAGGAGUUGAUUACUUAAAUGGAUAUGGAACUUUUACUCCUAGUAAUUUAGCACUUUGGAAAGUAGAUUCACCUUCUACAGAUGUACAAUUUAAAUCAGUUGAAGUUAAUGGAAUUUCUAGUUUGUAAAUAGUGAAAUCUGCAUCUGCUCCUCUAGCCUUUCUUACACAUCAUUUAAGCUAUUAAUUUCCACAAAAUAUUAAUCCUGUUCAUUUAAUGUUUAAUUUUUAUUCGACUAAUGUAGAUACAGAAGACACUAAUUUACGUCUACUUAAUUCAAAUCUGAAUAAAACUGUUGUCCUUUUUAGAUGCGGGAACGCCGGAUUUGUUAGAGUGAAUGAUAAUUAAAUGAUUGAUUUUUAUAAUUCAACAAUUGAAGAAAAAUCUGAUCCUUCAGAACCUACUUGGACAAGGUGUGAUAUCUUUCUUGACUGGAACUCAUAAACACUUAGAGUUUACUUAAAUUAAACUUUUAAAGCAGAGGUUAAUUUCUAUUUUAACGAUGUCCCAAAUAUAGAUACUAUUAGAGUAUAUAACUUAAAACCAAGUACUAUGGGUUAUUUUCAAAAUAUUAUGGUGUGUGACUUGCCUUCAUGUGAUGGAUUUUUAAACUCUUUGCUACUCAAACCAAUUUGGUCAUACUUGUUCAUAAUAACUUUACUGCUAAUACUUUGA